UGUAGUUUCUGCUACUCUCUCUCCCCUCUCUCUCUCACCCAUCUCUCUCUCUCCCCUCUCUCAGCACCCCCCCUCUCCCCCACCUCUCCACCCGUCUCUCAGCCCUCCAGUCGUCCGUCAGCCUGCAGACUGUUCCUGGACACACAAGAUAUCUCUUAUUAUUAUUGUUGUUGUUAUUGAUGAGUGAGGCCCGUGUUGUAACCUGGAGAGCAGCUAAAAACAUGAACAAUCAAUCUUAGAAAAUAUUUUAAAAGUUUACAUUUGGAACCAAAAACACUGAAACGACCUGAAACUCAAUCAGACUCGAAGAGAUGGGAUUCGGUGAGCUGCUGGAGGAGGUGGGCGGGUUCGGCAGGUACCAGUGGAUCCACGUGACUCUGAUCAGUUUACCUGGUUUGAUGAUGGCGAGUCAGAACCUGAUGAACAACUUCGUCUCAGGAAUCCCUGCCCACCACUGCAGUCUGCCAAUCAAUUACAGCCUCCACAACCUGUCUCACUACCAGGUGGAUGAGAAGCAGCUGCUGAAAGCGUUCAUCCCUCCGGACUCUUCAGGAAAUAGACUGGACCGCUGCCGGAGGUAUGUGGAGCCUCAGUGGCAGCUCUUAGCUGCUAACAGCUCAGCUAACAUUAGCCAGUUACAGACGGAAGGAUGUUUGGACGGAUGGACAUUCGACCGCUCCGAGUUCCUCGCCACCACUGUCUCCGAGUGGGAGCUGGUCUGUUCUCUGCGUCCUCUGAAACAAAUGAUUCAAACCAUCUAUAUGGGCGGAGUUUUAACAGGAGCCAUCAUCUUCGGCGGCCUGUCGGACAGGUUUGGGAGGCGGUCUGUCCUUAUUUGGUCAUACCUGCAGCUGAGCGUGCUCGGUUGUAGCUCUGCCCUCUCUCCUUCCUACUCUGCCUAUUGUAUUUUUAGAUUUCUGAGUGGGAUGGCGGUGUCCGGAAUCAUCCUGAAUGGAGUCUCACUGAAGGUGGAGUGGAUCCCGACCAAAGAGAGGACGUUAGUGGGCACGCUCACCUCCUUCUUCUUCACCUUUGGUCAGAUGAUCCUGGCGGGGCUCGCCUAUUGGCUGAGAGAUUGGAGGAAGCUCCAGCUGGUCGCCUGUGCCCCCCUGUUCCUAUUCUUCACCUACUGCUGGUGGUUCUCAGAGUCAGCUCGUUGGCUGGUUCUGAACCGUCGGUCUGAGGAGGCGUUAAAGUGUCUCCACCGAGUCGCUCGAAUCAACAGAAAGUCAGAGAUAAUUGACAAAUUAACACUGGAGGUGCUGAACUCUCACAUGAAUAAGGAGAUCGAGUCGAGCCGUUCAACGUUCACGGCAUACGACCUGCUGAGGACCAGAGUGAUGAGACGGAUCUCCAUCUGUCUGAUGGCCGUAUGGUUCUCCACCAGUUUUGCGUACUACGGUUUGGCAAUGGACCUGCAGAAGUUUGGGGUGAGUAUUUACCUGAUGCAGAUCAUCUUUGGAGCCGUUGAUUUUCCCGCCAAACUGUUGGCUGUGGGCAUGCUCAGUUACCUGGGGAGGAGGGUCUCCCAGGCGACCUGUCUCUUCCUGUCGGCUAUCAUCAUCUUCGCCAACAUCUUCGUCCCCACAGACAUGCAGACCCUCAGGACCACGUUGGCGUGUCUUGGUAAAGGUUUCACCUCGGCCUCCUUCACCACCGUCUACCUGUACACCGGAGAACUCUACCCCACCGUCAUCAGGCAGACAGGAAUGGGCUUCGUCUCCACCUUGGCGAGAGUCGGCAGCAUGGCGGCCCCCGCUGUCCUCAUCCUGGACGAGGUACUCCCUGCUCUCCCCAGUAUAGUGUAUGGGGGAGCGGCUGUGUUGGCCGGGUGCUUUGCCUGCUUCCUGCCAGAGACGCUGAACAGGCCACUGCCCGACACCAUUGAGGAUGUGGAGAUCAAAUGGGCUGGAGAAAGCCCCGCCCCCCAACAGGAAGAAGGUGUAUCCUUGAAAGAAGGCAGGGCACCUGAUGAUGGGGGCGUGGUCUCAACUGAAGGUGUGGCUUUAAAAGAUCUCAAGGAAGCAGAAGGGACUGGACUUAACAUCCUCUGACCAAUCCUACGAAGCCAAUGACAGCUGGACUGAACCUCAACCAAUCAGACUGCUGAAUCGUUUUUCUGUGCAUCUGUGAAAAUUCAUUUUAGUGAGAAUAAUGACAGUUUCUAACAUUUAAAUCUAUUUAAAAUGAGUUUUAAUCAAUAAACUCAGAUGUUUGACCUUAGAUUUUUAAUUAGAUGUGAAUGAAGCCGCUGCAGUCAGAACAGGAAGUGAAAUCACGGCAGUAAUGUGUUAUAAUAUCUGAAACCUCUAUUCUGUCAAUCAAAGCAAUAAUCAUUACACACUGUAAUACACUAAUAAAGGUGUGAUUAAGA